AUGAUGAAGAAGAAAACAAAGGGAAGGCAAAAGAUAGAGAUAAAGAAGAUCACAAGAGAAAAUGAUAGGAUGACAACAUUUUCGAAACGGAGAUCGGGUAUCUACAAAAAGAUCAACGAACUCUCUACCCUUUGCGGGGCCGAGAUUGCGUUUCUCGUCUUCUCGGCCGCUGGAAACCCUUUCACGUUCGGAAGCCCUUCUUUCGAAUCCGUAUCAAAACGCUUCUUCGGUAAUGAAAACCGCCUACAAACUCGGCAAAACAACAAUAACGCAUCACUACCAUUAGACAUUUCUCUAAUCCAUGCCCCAAAAAACACGAGGCUUGACGAAUUGAGCAGACGAUAUUGCGAUCUUAUCGACAAUUUGGAUGCCGAGAAAGAGAGAAUGAAGGCGUUAACGCCAUUGAUGAACCGGGGGAGGAAGAUGGAGACAGUGGAAGAAGAGUGGUGGAGAACUGAACCGACAGAGAUUAAGGAUGAAGAAGUUCUGGUGAGAUUGAUAAUGAAGUUUGAGGAAUUGUAUGAGAAUCUGUCCGGUCUCUUGGAACAAAGAUCAAGAACGUGUUCUUCUUCUCAUUUACAUGGAAGAUAA